AUGGCAGAAGCCAGAAUUUCAGUAGCUCAGGACCAGUUCGUCUGUCCGAUUUGUCUGGAUCUUCUUAAGGAUCCAGUGACCAUCCCAUGUGGACACAGUUAUUGCAUGAGCUGUAUUACAGGCUGUUGGAAUCAGGAUAAUCAGAUGGGAAUCUACAGCUGUCCACAGUGCAGAAAGACCUUCACGCAGAGAUCCGAUUUAGGCAAGAACGUGAUGCUCGCUGAAAUGGUGGAGAAAGUGAAGAAGAUUGAACUCCAAGCUGCUGUUACCGCAGGACCUGAGGAUGUGCAGUGUGAUGUCUGUACUGGAAGGAAAUACAAUGCGGUCAAGUCCUGUCUGGUGUGUCUGAACUCUUACUGUCAAACUCAUUUCGAACGUCAUGAGGAGUUUCAUCCUGGUAAACGACACAAAGUGAUCGAUGCCACUGGACGACUGCAGGAGAUGAUCUGCCAAAAACACGAUAAGCUUCUGGAGGUCUUCUGUCGCACUGACCAGCAGUUUAUUUGUUUUCUCUGCAUGAUGGAUCAACACAGAAACCAUGAGACUGUAUCAGCUGCCGAAGAAAUGACUAAGAUGCAGGACCAUUUGAGGGACAUGCAGAGAACAAUCCAACAGAAAAUCCAGAAGAAAGAGACGAUGCUUCAGGAACUGAAAGAGGCUGUGGAGUCUUAUAGACGAUCUGCACAGGCAGCAGUGGAGGACAUUGAGAAGAUCUUCACUGAUCUCAUCUGCUCCUUUGAGAGAAGCCGCUCUGAGGUGACACAGAUGAUCCGAGAUCAGGAAAGAGAUUCAGUGAGUCAAGCUGAAGAGCAGCUGGAGCGAAUGAAGCAGGAGAUCAAUGAUCUGAAGAGGAGAGACACUGAGAUGGAACAGCUUUCACGCACAGAUGAUCACAUCCAUUUAUUCCAGAGUUUCAAGUCUCUCUCGCUCUCUGGAUCUUCAGAAUUACCCAGAAUCCACAUUAGUUCUUGCCUUUCUUUUGAUGAUGCCAGGAAAUCGGUUGCUAAACUCCGAGACCAACUAAAGGAUUACUGCAGAGAGCAGAUAGAAAACAUACCUGUGAAACACAUGAGGAUAAUUCUUGGUCCUGGUUUUGAGAACAGAGAUGAAUACCUUAAAUAUUUCCGUCAGUUCACUCUGGAUCCAAACACAGCACAUAAACAUCUUCAGCUGUCUGAUAGGAACAGGAUGAUUAUUACCACUCAUACAGACCAGCUGUAUCCUGCUCAUCCAGACAGAUUUGAUUCUGUAGUUCAGGUGUUGUGUAGAGAGAGUGUGUCUGGACGCUGUUACUGGGAGGUUGACUGGCAUCAGAGUGAAUGUUUUGGUGUGUCAGUGUCUUAUAAGAGCAUCAGUAGGAAGGGAACUGGCAAUGAGUGUAGAUUUGGAUUUAAUAAGCAGUCUUGGAAAUUGAUGUGCUCUCCCCUCGUAUGUACAUUCCAGCACAAUAACAUAGCGACUGAACUCCCUGGAGUGUCCAGCUCCUCUAGAAUAGGAUUGUUUGUUGAUCACGAUGCAGGAAUUCUGUCUUUCUACAGUGUCUCUGACACAAUGACCCUCAUUCACAAAGUCCACACCACAUUCACUCAACCGCUCUAUCCUGGGAUUUCACUUGGGAAAAAUGCAACAGUGAAACUAUGUAGUGUCACAGUAUAAACUAGAUGAAAAAGUUUGAUAAGACAAAC